UCUAUUCAUGCAGAUGCAACUCGUGCACAGCUCUCAUCUCGCAGCCAAAACCACUUUACUAUCUCGCAGCCAACCUGUAGCAAAAGCUAAUCAAACUAGCUAUCAAUCAUGAGCUCCGGCGAGCCUGCCGCCGUCAGCAUCCCCAUCCACGACCACCAUGGCAAGGCCCCGGCCACCUCCUCCGCCGUCCCUGCUGCUGCUGCUGCUGCGCCCGCCGCGGCUCCCGCGGUGGCGCCACGCAAGGUCGGCAUCCCGUUCUUCCGGCGCGGCGACCACCACCGCGGCAGCCGGUGCCUCGCGUUCCUCGACUUCAUCCUGCGGAUCGCCGCCUUCGGCCCCGCACUGGCGGCGGCCAUCUCCACCGGCACGUCCGACGAGACGCUCUCCGUCUUCACCGAGUUCUACCAGUUCCGCGCCAGAUUCGAUGACUUCCCGGCCUUCCUGUUCUUCUUGGUGGCGAACGCGAUCGUGGCAGGGUACCUGGUGCUGUCCCUCCCUUUCUCCGCCGUCCUCGUGAUAAGGCCUCAGACCAUCGGCCUCAGGCUUCUCCUGCUCGUCUGCGACAUGAUCAUGGCGGCGAUGCUGACGGCGGCGGCGUCUGCGGCGGCGGCGAUCGUGGACCUGGCGCACAACGGCAACCUGCGGGCGAACUGGGUGGCCAUAUGCAUGCAGUUCCACGGCUUCUGCCAGCGAACCAGCGGAUCCGUCGUUGCCUCCUUCCUCACCGUCGUCAUCCUCAUGUUCCUCGUCAUCUUGGCCGCCUGCUCUAUCCGCAAGCGCUAGCUUAAUCAUCUUGCUAGCUAAUUAAAAAAGAUUGUGCUUAAUUAUACAUGCAUAUAAUAUUUACGUUUGAUUUCUAUCUGCAUGCGCGAGCGAGUGCGUUUUUAUUUUCGAAUUGUAAUCCUCUUCUGUACUACAUGCAUUUCUUUACUUGUGAGCAUUGGCAUUGGCGAGUGAUCGAGCAGUAGUGCAUUGUAAAAGUUCACCUGUGCAUCUAUCGUUUCACUUUCUUUCUUUCUUGUAAAAGAUCAACGUUGUGUGAUCAUCGUGCUCUGUAAUCUGAAUUGAACAGCUUGUUUAAAACAAACAUUCUGUUAUCUCUGGUGUCAAA